UUAUUUAUGUACAAAUAUAAUUUACAUUUAAUUCCAAGUGAGAGUAGAAAUAGUUGUCGCAAAUAUAUAAAAUUUUCUUUUUUCCUUCUUCAUGAGCACCUCCUGAACUUUCUCCAAAAUAGCUUCCAGUAUAACCUCCUCCAAAUUCUGACACAUUGGAUGUUACACCUUGACUCGAUUCUCCAUAAUAUUGUUCUCCAUAUCCUCCGCCUCCUCCUUGAAAUAUUUCACCAAAUCCUCCCUGAUUGCCUUCUCCAUGACUUUGUCUUUCAGUUUCCUCUGAUUCAGAACCCUCACUUCCACUUUCAGAACUCAAAGUUCCUCCAUGACCGCCAGUACCUCCUCUCUUACAACAGUUACCUCUUUUAA